AUGGGUUUGAACAAGAAAGCGGCGAUGGUGAAAGUGGGCGUGGUGCUGUUAUUGACGGCGUUGACGGCCACCGUGGAGGGAGGCUUCGAUGUGAGCAGAUUGCUGGAGGAGGCGGAGGUGCUGAUGAACGACUUGGGACAAAAGUUGAUCACCAAGCCGACCACUGGCAUCUGCUGCGACAACUGCGUCUGCACAAAGACGAUCCCUCCGAUAUGCCAAUGCAGAGACAUGGCAGAAACUUGCAACUCUUCUGCUUGCAAUCUCUGUGCCUGCGCUCAGAGUUAUCCUGAGCAGUGCCAUUGCCUUGACCUCACCACCUUCUGCUACCGCCUUCCCGUCUGCUCAUAUCUUCACACAUCAAAACUCAAGACGCACAAAGAGAAAGAGAGGAAGAGAAGAUAUGGUUUGGGCAAGAAGGCGAUGAUGAUGAAGGUGGGUGUGGUUCUGUUUCUGAUGGCCUUCACUACUGCACCUGUGGAGGCUCGCUUCGAUGCCAACACCUUCCUGGCUGAGAUGUUUAAGGACAACGGCGAACCCAAUUACUUGAUCAAGUCCACCACCACGGCCUGCUGCAACAACUGUCGCUGCACAAAGUCGAACCCACCUCAGUGUCAAUGCAACGACAUCGGACAAACCUGCCACUCUGCCUGCAAGUCCUGCGUCUGCGCUCUCAGUUAUCCUCCACAGUGUCGCUGCCUUGACAUCACCACCUUCUGCUAUCCUCCUUGCUCAUCCUCUUCUGCUUAAUUCUGUAAUAUACAAAUAAUGUUAUGUGAGCCAAUUCCUACUUUUAUUAGUAGGCUUGGCUCCUAUCUAUGUAUGCGAAUGUGAACCUUCCCUACUAAUAAAAUAAGCUAUCUUGUGCCUUGCUUGCUUCCCGCUUGCUUUCUGCAAGCUGCAGGUUACUGGUAAGGACUUGAUAUUCUUCCAU